AUGGACUUUCCUUCAUCAUUUUUCUACCGAACGCCCAACGGCACGAAUGUGCACUAUACACAGAUCGGAAACAAAUCAGGUCCAUUGGUCAUUCUUCUUCAUGGACUGGGCGGAUCAAACAAGACAUUCGAAUCACUGCUAUCGUACCUUUCGCCGCACGAGAACCGCUUAGUCUCCGUCGACUUGGAGGGAUUUGGUCAAACCGCUUUGUCUUCACCAGAUACUACUCUCUCCAUCAUACGCUAUGUCAAUGACCUGGAACAUCUCGUAGCAUCUCUGCAAAGCUCUUCGCCGGACACACCUGUAAGCACAAUCACCCUCAUCGGCCAUAGUCUCGGGGCCAUCGUCUCAAUGCAUUACGCCUCCAAGCACCCAUCACAAAUUCGCAGGCUUGUUUUACUUGGUUCUGGACGAUCAAUUGCCCAUAUUCCACCUGCGAGAGAAAGAAUGCUAGGAAUGGCCGCAAAAACACGCAAAGAGGGUAUCCAAGCCGCAGCGGAUAUGGCCGCAAGCACCAACUUUCCACUCCAGGGGUCAGUGGCCCCUGAGAUUCGAGAGUCUGUCCGAGAAGCUGUAAGCAGCUGUGAUGCCGAGGCAUAUGCUAGGGCGUGUGAAGCAGUUGCAGAUCUGAAUCAUGUUGAUCCGUGUUACAGCCUCAUUGAAGCGCCAACUUUGUUGCUUGCAGGAAGUGAAGAUAUCAUCUCUCCCGUGGAGAGAUCUUUGGGAUUGAAAGAGCUCAUUGGGGAUAAUGCUUCUGUGAAGGUGCUUGAAGGCGUUGGCCAUCAGAUGAUUCUACAGGACUUGACCGGAUCGGCCGAGGCAAUUCAAGAUCUCAUGAGCAUGUAA